AUAAAGUUCCUUCGUUAAAUAAUUUAACGUUUGUCAUUUGGUGAAAAGAAGACGUAUUGAGCGAGAGUACAUUUACUUAAGCCGAAUAUCAAAUAAAAAUGUUAUCGAGGGCCGCAUUACUUUCAGUUCAACGUCCAUUUGGCGGAAUAGCUGCCAGAGCAGCAACCUCUGCAACUCCUGCUGCGGGUGGUGAUGGCGGCUCAUCAACAGAAAAAUUUGAACGUCGCAUUCGUCCAGAACAUCCUGGCAAAGUACGUAUGGGCUUUAUACCAGAAGAAUGGUUCCAGUUCUUCUACAAUAAAACUGGUGUUACUGGACCAUACACUUUUGGUGUCGGUUUGAUCACAUAUUUGUGUUCUAAGGAAAUAUAUGUCAUGGAGCACGAGUAUUAUAGCGGUCUCUCACUAGCUAUUAUGGCUGUGAUUGCAGUUAAAAAAUUAGGCCCAGCGAUAGCCAAAUAUUUAGAUAACGAGAUCGAUAAAAUCGAAGGCGAUUGGAAUGCAGGCCGAGAAGAGGAGCUUGCAUUGCUUAAAGAAGCUAUUGAAAAUGAGAAAAAGGAACAAUGGCGAGCAGAUGGUGCUCUUUUGCUUAUCGAUGCCAAGAAAGAAAACAUUGCUCUCCAAUUAGAAGCUGCCUACCGCGAACGCGCAAUGAAUGUUUACAAUGAGGUGAAACGCCGCUUGCAAUAUCAAGUGGAAUGUAAUCAUGUUGAGCGUCGCAUUAACCAAAAACACAUGGUUAACUGGAUUGUAAACAAUGUUUUAUCUAAUAUCACUCCACAACAAGAAAAAGAAACGCUUAACAAAUGCAUUGCUGACUUAAGUGCUAUGGCUGUGCGUGCUAAGUAAUUUUUAAGAUAAUCGGUUACAUAAAUUAAAAACAUUGCUCUAAAAAUAUAUGCAGGAAAUCAACAAUAUGUGGUCAUAAUAUUUUUAAAAGUAAAUAAAUUCCUUCAAAUAAAUUGAAGUUAAUUCA